AUGGCUCUCUACAACGUAUUUUUACGCAUUAGUGUGGCUGUUGAGAUGGGUAGGUUAAAUAACGACAUACAAAUCGUCGGAUCGCCGUGGAGUCCACCGGGAUGGAUGAAGAUUAAUGGAGAGCUUUACGGAAAUACGACUGAUAAUAAUCUAGAUGAUGGGUACGGGAGCAGCCGUGGUCUGGGGAGUACCGGCCAUACUCACGCGUUUGCGCAGUACUUUGUCAAGUAUAUACAGGCCCAUACAACAGAGAAUACCGAAUACGAAACUCUUUUACAAAUCUUACAAGUUACAAGCAGUGCCAACCAGUCGCUUGAUUGGGCCAUUCAAUCUAGUCAAAUCUAUCAUCUGCACAAAGCCAAGAUGAGAGAGUGGGAACCCCAAGGCGAUCCAUGCACUGAUGCUACAUACUGCUUUCUGGCUCUCGGACUGAGUCGGGCAUAUGGAAUCUAG